UACUGAGAUGGCUGGAGGUGAUAUAUUAUGGUAUAGGCUUUACAUGCAAGCUGAAAAAUGUAUGUCCUCUAAUGAGGGUGUGUGAUUUGACUGCUGCUAUGUAGAGAAGGGAGAUAGUUAGUCUUUAUGAACAACAUUUCACUCAGUCUGAGGAAAACACAGGCGGCGCAAGCAAGAAAGGAGACAUCCUCUCUGACCAACCAAGCGGUGGGUAUACUGAACUUACUGAUAAUUUAAAUAGUAGAGCAAAGAGAAGUGGAUCAAUAAGCAUAAUUCAGUAAUAGCUGCAAAACAUUCUCUAUUAUCAGUCAUUUGGUAAAUAGGUAAUAUCCUAAAGUUGACUUUGUAUCGAUUUGAAAUCUUUUUCUUCCUGCGUUUUCUCACAGUGAUCAUGCGGACAGUGGUGCUUCUCCUCGUUCUAGGAAUAGUGGAUCAAAGCAUCAGCCAGCAUUACAGCCAGUUCCAGUGGCUGUCCUAUCUGCGAGGCCGCCGGAGGCAUGCCACCUGGCAGGCCGUGGAUACCGACUGCCCACUGGAAUGCGACUGCCUCUCAACCUUCCCAACAGCUAUGUUCUGUCAAAACCGCAACCUUCAGCAUGUUCCAUAUGUCCCCUCACAUAUUAAGUAUGUCUACCUGCACCGGAACAAGAUCACAGGCAUCAAGGAUGGGGUGUUUGACAAUGCUACCAACUUGGUCUGGGUCGUGCUGUUUCAAAACCAACUAGACUCAGAUAAGAUUGGCAAAAAUGUUUUCAGCAAGCUCAAGCACCUGGACCGGCUCCUCUUGGAUCGCAAUGAGCUUACACGUGUGCCUCCCAACUUGCCCAACUCCAUCAGAGACCUGCGACUUGGUCAUAACAAGAUCUCAAAGAUCCCCUCCAAGUCAUUUGAGGGGAUGGCUAACCUCGCCACGCUUGAUCUCCAAGCAAAUGUCAUUGAGGAUGUUGGAGAUGUGUUAAAGGGACUAAAGACUCUGACCUUGCUGGAUAUGAAGAAAAACAAGCUUAGGAAAAUCCCAGACCACCUCCCUGAGAGGCUGCAGCAGCUCUACCUGGAUUUUAAUGAAAUAGAGAGAGUGCCCGCAGGCUUUCUCAACAUGAAUCCCAAACUUUUGUUUGUCCGCUUGGCUCAUAACAAGCUGACUGAUAAAGGACUUCCAUCCAGUGUCUUCAAUGUCAGCACGCUGGUUGAGCUUGACCUUUCUUUCAAUAAACUGGAGAAGAUCCCUGUUGUUAGCAGAAACCUGGAGAACUUUUAUGUACAAGCCAACAAGAUCAAAGAGUUCUCCCUGAGCAGUUUCUGCGAGACCACCGACAUGACAAACUUCUCCAGUCUGAGAAUGCUGCGCUUGGAUGCCAAUGAGAUCAGUGCCAAAGACAUUCCUGCCGAGGCUGCCUACUGUUUGCGGCACGUUGGCUUUAUUGAGGUUUAGCUCUUCCUGCACUCUCUGUGAUAUCUCUUAACUCAUCCGAUGUCUUGCUUUAUCUGUUAUCCCUCUCCAACCUCUCUUUGCCUGUCACUACAUUCAGCCUAGACGUUAAAAUUCCAGUCCAUCAACACAUAUUCAAGAAAAUGCAAUGUUAUGAAAGCUGUUUUUUCAAUAAUUAAACGAUUAAACAAUUCCAGUAUUAGUCAACGGGAAAUACCAGAGCUGUAUAAUCACCUAUCCAGAUGACAGGCAUAUGGAUCACAAGGACAACAUUUACAAAGGCCAGAUGACUGACAUCCUUUCUAUUAUCAGAUCCGGUAUUCUGGCAAAAAUAAUAGGACCAUCAUAAAUACCAAGGAGCUGAUGAUCACAGGUUCUGCUUUUUUACAGGAAAAGUAUAACCUGUAAAAAACAUCCUGUCAUCAGCUGGUGAUUCAGUUUGGACCUUUACCUCCACCAUGUGGCACAAGGUGAUAAAACUGCUGAUUAGGCGGCCAAGAUUAUCAUUAUUAAUAAUGUUAUUUGGCAAGGUCACAUAAACUAAUUAAAAUGACCAUGCCUUCUAUAGUAAACAGUUUGAGUCGGUGACAGUUUAUUGGAAACCUUUCCACUGUUCAUUGUAUUUUCAUUAUCAACAGUAAAAGUUUUAUAAUGAGGUGUUUAUGUCUACAGGUAGGGUGUGUUACUCCUAUAAUGAGCCUCUGAAUUAGCCAAUGAAAAUCAUGUAUGUUUUUCUAUAAUGGCUGCAUCCUAUGUCUGCAUUGUUGUUGGGUUAUUUAAGCUGUUGUGUUUUGGUUACUUUAACACUCGCUUUUCAAAAGACUUCUUUGGGUGUAACUUCUGAGACAAUGUGUACACUAGCUAAAGUCAGGAUUUAGAAUAUGAGAAUUGAUGCAAUUCAGUUUGCAACCACUUAGCAAGAAAGUGAUGUAUCAUACAUUAUUGUGAAAUUUAAUCUGAUCUUGGAAUGCACCACUUUAUACUUAUUAUUAAAUCUUAGUGA